UGCUGUGCAGCCUGAGUAGUUGUUUCUUUCGAUUGUUGUUGUGGUUUUUUUUUUUAAAUUGCGCUGCUCGGGGUGGGCUUGUCUGAGGGGGGGGCUGGUUUGUGGCCGCGGAGAAAAAACCAACAACCCCCCCUCCCCGAGAGCCAACGGAACAAAAACAAAAGAAACUUCGCCGGGUUCCGAAAGUGGCAGCAAAGUGCCGGGCAAGUUGCAGGGAUGGAGCUACAGAGCUUGCAAGAGGCGUUAAAAGUGGAAAUCCAGUGUCACCAGAAACUAGUUGCACAGAUGAAGCAAGAUCCACAGAACGGUGAUCUUAAGAAACAAAUCCAUGAAAGGCAAUCAAGAAUAGCAGCUCUUAAUGAAAAACAAGAAAUUACGUUUCGCCCGAAACUGGUUUGCACUGGACUACCUGGAGCUUGCAGUUCUGAAUUCCUUGCCACUCAGACCUCCCAAUGAGCGCGUAAAUUGCAGGAGUUCUGGGAACAGCGCCUUAGUGUGUAUUCACACAAAACUUGCUGAGGGGAGAGGCUUCAGAAUCAUUCAGGUACCUAUUUGCAACAUUGACCUACUUUAGAAAGAUUCUCUUUGGAAGAAUCUGUAUGUGUGGGAUUGUCAGUGCCAGUUUCCCCAAUCUCAAGAUCUGUUUCAUUUGACAGUAUGAGAAGUACAUUCCCUCAUACUUCUCUCACAUAAGAAAAUGUUCUCUUUUUUAAAUAAAAGGUGAAUAC